GUUCUAGCGCCAGCGCUGCUCUCCGGGAAGGGACGUCUGUCUCUGAAACGGAAGCCUCUUGGCAUCUGUGUUGUCGCGUAGGAGAUAAAGUCGGAGGAGGUGAACAAACCUCUCGGAGGUGCCACUGGCAGAGAAAUUGUUUUCCUCUUCUCCACGAUGUACAGAACCAAAGUGGGCCUGAAGGACCGCCAGCAGCUUUACAAGUUGAUCAUUAGCCAGCUGCUCUAUGAUGGCUUCAUCAGCAGUGCUAAUGGCCUCAUCAAUGAAAUCAAGCCUCAGUCUGUUUGUGCACCCUCAGAGCAGCUCCUGCAUCUCAUCAAACUAGGAAUGGAAAACAAUGAUACUGCAGUUCAGUAUGCAAUUGGUCGUUCGGAUACAGUUGCCCCAGGUACGGGCAUUGACCUGGAGUUUGAGGCAGAUGUCCAGACCAUGUCCCCAGAGGCUUCAGAGUAUGAAACCUGCUAUGUCACAUCCCAUAAAGGACCAUGCCGAGUAGCUACCUAUAGUAGAGAUGGGCAGCUAAUAGCUACUGGGUCUGCUGACGCCUCCAUAAAGAUACUCGACACAGAAAGAAUGUUGGCCAAAAGUGCCAUGCCAAUAGAGGUUAUGAUGAAUGAGACUGCACAACAAAAUAUGGAAAACCACCCAGUGAUCCGGACUCUUUAUGACCAUGUGGAUGAAGUCACAUGUCUUGCUUUCCACCCAACAGAACUGAUCCUUGCCUCUGGUUCAAGGGAUUACACCCUUAAGUUAUUUGAUUAUUCCAAACCCUCAGCAAAAAGAGCCUUCAAGUACAUUCAGGAAGCUGAAAUGUUACGCUCCAUCUCUUUUCACCCUUCCGGAGACUUUAUACUUGUGGGGACUCAGCAUCCUACUCUUCGGCUCUAUGAUAUCAACACAUUUCAAUGUUUUGUCUCUUGCAAUCCUCAAGAUCAACACACCGAUGCCAUAUGUUCUGUUAAUUACAACCCUAGUGCCAACAUGUACGUAACUGGUAGCAAGGACGGCUGCAUCAAGUUGUGGGAUGGCGUCUCGAAUCGGUGCAUCACAACUUUCGAGAAGGCACACGACGGUGCUGAAGUUUGUUCUGCCAUCUUUUCCAAAAAUUCUAAAUACAUUCUUUCAAGUGGAAAAGACUCUAUAGCUAAACUUUGGGAAAUAUCAACAGGACGAAAGCUGGUCAGAUUCACAGGUGCUGGCUUGAGCGGGCGGCAGGUGCACCGGACACAGGCUGUCUUCAACCAUACAGAGGACUACGUGCUGCUGCCAGACGAGAGGACCAUCAGCCUGUGCUGCUGGGACUCACGCACAGCUGAGCGCCGAAACCUGCUGUCCCUGGGCCACAACAACAUCGUGCGCUGCAUCGUGCACUCGCCCACCAACCCCGGCUUCAUGACCUGCAGCGAUGACUUCAGGGCCAGGUUCUGGUACCGGAGGUCAACCACAGACCAGAACCCCCCCCCCGCCUUGCCUUAAAUAGGGUUCUUUUCUACAGGACCCUGCCCCUCCCUCCCAUGUGUCCCAUCACCAGCCUCAGUAGAAAGUCACGGUACCAUCUUUGGCAGUCGGGCUGCCACCUCUGCAUCCUUCUUGGAUUUUGUACAAAAGGGUCCUUUUUUACCUUGAUGUGGAAUCAUGGUGGAAAAAGUGGGAAACGCAGACCCCUGCUCUGCACUCACUGAUUAUUACAGUGUGAUUUUCAUCGGUUUUGUAAAUACAGGACUUGCCAUUUCUCUGAACUUGAUCUUUUGAAGAAGGGUAGAGUAUUAAAGUGCUUUCCAGAUCUCGUGUGGAUCUGUCCUGAGGAA